CUCCCUCCCUCCAGCAGACGGAAUUUUUCGGCCCUACAGGGAUUAGGUAGUAAGAAGAUGCCAAAGAGAAAAGCAAGAAGAGAUUCCAGAGAGAAGCUAGGACGUCAUCAAGCCAAGUUGCACCUUCAUAGUAAAUUGCCUUCCUCAGAGGAGCCAGAUGUGUCAAGUAUUUUGAAAGUUCCUGGAACUGGGCAAACAGAGGAGCCUGAUGAUUUGUUUGAUCAUCCUUUACAUAGUACUGCUGUGUCUGCUUAUGAGGAGGAGGAGGAGGAAAUGGACAAAGAUCAAUGUUCAGAACCUGAUGGAUCAACCAGUAAUUCAGCUGAUUCAGAGCCAGCAAAAAAAAUCACAGUUAAAAGCAAAAAUCAUCCUACCCGGAAAUCAAGGGUGGGAAUAGAAGAUUCUGAAGAGGAGCCUGUGAAAGAAAAUAUGAGAUCAACAGAAGUUACACCCAGUGCAGAAGAGUGUAAACUGCCAUCUGCACUGUCAUUAAGGAACAGCUCUCCAGAAAGCAGAAUAUCGGAUAGAUUCACAGAUUUUGUGACGAAUUUGAGUGCUUCUAAGAUGUCUAGGAGAGCUAAAUCCUAUAAGAAGAAGAAGGCGUCUUCACCAGAGAUAGAGACAGAUUAUGCAGAUUCUUGUGAUGAUCCACAUUUGGUAAAGGUUUGGGAUCCCAAAGGGCUGAAAAAAGUUGCCAGCCAUGUCACACAACUGGAUGUUAUUCUGGAUGAAUUUGAGAAAAUAACAACAAAAUACAAACAAGGAGUGAAACUGAAGAUAUGUAGGAAAGCUAUUGAUAACUUUUAUAUUGGGUUCAGAGAUCAACUCACCAAGAAUAUUACAGAUGCUGAGGAAUUAAAAAAUAUAAAACUGAAAAAUGCAAAGAUGGUCAAAGCAACAAAUAAGAAAAGACAGCGCUUGAUAGAAGUUAAAGAAGAACUAAUUAGAACCGAGCCACAGCUGAAGAAACUGGAAAGAGAAUAUGCUGAACUAAAAGGAAAAAUAUCCUCUGUCAGGAAUGCAGUUCAAUUAGUGACAGAUUUAAAGGAUCUUCAACAAAAACAUGUUAAUGAAAGAAAGGAAAGUUCACAAAAAAUAGUAUAUGGUGUUUCCAGCCUUCCUGCACUCCUAGUGGAAUCACGAAGAAUUUUAGGAGCAGAAGGUCACUUCAGAAAUAUCAAUACAAAAUUACAACAAUCUCUGGAUCUUCAAAAGGAGAACUAGACAUACAAAUUAUAUAUUACACUGCCAUACUUCAGAUAUAUUGAUAUCUGGUAGUAAUUGAAGCAGUAAACCUGAGUAUUA